AUGUUUGCUCUAUCCGAAGAGUCCAAGGAGCGCAUUGGCAAGCUCAUUGAUAUUUCCCGCGUCGCUGUUCACUAUGGCUAUCUCCCCCUGAUUCUCUACCUGGGUACGAUCGACUUUCGGAACACGACGAACGCUCAACUGACCAUUUCAGGCUACACCCGCAGCGACCCCAAGCCCUCUCUGAUCCGGUAG